AUGGCGCCGCCGAUCACUCCGCAACGGGCGGGAGCCAUUAUUGCGUUGGAGGGUCCGUCCGACCUCGUAUCGACCCAGCUGCGUCUGCUCCCGUCCUCCCCAGACAUUCUUGUGCUUCCUAGCAUCCAGCACUACAUCAAUGGCCCCGGGCCCGCCGAGCAAACAUCGUUCGAUGCACGCGCUCUCGUCCGUAGAUACCACCAAGCAGCGCUGGCUCGGCACUCCGAGGCACUGGACUUCCUGAGGCCUUCGUCAUCAGGGGAAGCGCAGGCCCGCCUCGUCUUUACCCACGGUGGAUCUAUGUCUGUCAGGGUUGCCUGCCUAUCAGCCAUUAUGGAACACGAGGCGGAGGGCAACAUUGAGGUGGCCUAUGCAACCUACAGCCGAGUCGUGGGGAAGAGCUCCGGACGACCAAGGACGAGUGACUCGGACGGCGAGGAGCACACGUCAUGGCUGCAGAGCCCCAAGUCAGCUUCCACGGACAAGGCAGAUGAGGCCUUCCAGCACCGAUGGGACGUCGACGAUGACGACAGCUUCGAGAGUCGCAUCCUGCGCGCCAUGCGGGCGGCCGACGCCCUCGACAAGGAAACAGAGUUCUUGCAGCCGGGCAACGAAGACGUGGACCUGACCGUUAGGCUGAUUGACAUCCCAUCGCGUCCCCGUCCCCGUUCCCGUCUCCGUCCUCGUCCCCGCGAGAGCCUUAGCUCAAUGGUCUCUAGCGGAGCUCCCGAGACGCAUCGAGAGACAUCCGCAGCGACCUCCAACACGCGCAAGCCACCGCUUCGCAUCCAGAUCCCAAGGUCGGGAACGCCUCUCUCAUGGAGCAGUGAGGCUGUGGUAAAGACACAUCGCCGGCACUCAUCACACUUCUCUCCGAAGACAUUCUUGGAGCGCGAACCGCAGCCGCUUAGGCCCAAGACAGCCGAGGCGGAGCUUUCACCUAAGGAAAAGCCUGAAAACGCGACGCUGUUUUUUGCAAGUCCGUUGGCAUCUCCAAAUCAGACCGACGCGCGGGAAGAACACGCGCUCACGGCUCCCAUCGCCGGCGACGAGAAGGACGAACAGCCGGUCGAACCACUCCCGCGUCUGGAAGAUGUCGUGCUCCUCCUCGAUAUUGAGAGCCCGAACGAGGUCCAGGAGUUCAUCCUAGAACGGUUCCGAGACGAGUCCCGAUCGGACGCCCAAACGACCGUCGAGCCCGAUGAUCGGGAUCGAGGACGGAUGAACAGCGCGCAACGCUUAGGGUGUGAAUCGCCUUGGAUGGAGAAUGCCCUUGUCCACGGCUUGCCGACCCCGCCAGGUCACUCGCCGACGACUGCCAGCGUAGCAACGGACACAACGCUCUACAGCCUCAGCGUCAGCCAGGAAGCAGCAGUCUCUGUUCAGAACCAUCUCCGCUCGUUCUUGGCCACGGUUUUCCCUCUCAGGGACACGAGCUAUGCAGCAUCCGAUUCCGAGGACGGCGUGUGGAAGCCUCUGGAUUGCGACCCUCGCAGGCUCUCGUCUGUUGAUGGCAGGCGGCUGGAUAUGAUCUUGGCCGUUGGCGCGGAGAGCCGAGUCAAGAGAGAUCGCGUGGCCGAGAUCGUUGGGCAAAUCGAGAAGCUGGGCUUCAAGUCAAGUGGCCUCUGCCGGAGCGGACGACUAGAUCUGCGCUACUUGAUUGCAAAUGCCAUGCAGGCCUUCACCGCGCAACCUCUGACCAAGCAGACGAGCAAUCCAUUUGCCGACCGCACUCUACUGGCUGCACUCAUCAUCCCUCACCUCGAGACAUACCUUCGGACGCAUCCCAACGUCCGCUUCUUGCUCAUCGAGUAUCCUGCCGAGCAUCUCGCCACUGUGCUUGCUCUUCAAGCUUUAAUCGGCGUUGAGCUGAUGAAGGUCGUGGGCAUUGUUCACGGGGACAGCUCGGCACAGUCCACAGAUGGUGAUCGGCGCCCUAGUGAAGGUGAAGGUUUUCGUGCUCUUAACCCUCGCCAGGGCUCCUCACUCUCCGGUGCCGUUCUAGGAGCCUGUUCAUUCUCGAAUGCCAAUUUCCUACUAUCCUCCUCCGCCAGCGCCUUCGAGACGGCCGCCUUUGUAGCCGCCAUCCGCGAGAGCCUCAUCUCUGUAUCGGACUACUACAUUCCCGAGCGCGCCUUGUACAAGCAGCCCCAGCCCGAGCCUCCGCAAUCACCGCCCCGCACGAACCGUCCCAACGUCAAGCCCAUCAUCACCGAACUCGUGCAGCCAACGACUGCCCCGUCCUCGUCAGCCUCCUCACGCAUCUCGACCUCAACCCUGGUCAUCACCCCUCCCUCUUCGCCAUCCGACCCAUAUCCAACCGCCCUCCGCUACCCGCCCCCUCAGCAACGUCCCCCCUCCCCAACAAUAGCAUCCAACCCCCCUUCCCGCAAAACCGCCUCCUCCGACCUCCCCUCUCGCUCCUCAGCCCCGGGCACUCGUAAUGGCGCCGCCACCCUCCAGACAUCUAUCCGCCGGGGCCCCACCAACUACGGCACCUCAUCCUCGUCUUCGUUUCCAGACCCGCCUUUACCCCCACCACCUAGGACUUCCAGCGCCGCGGCUGUUAUUACGACUACGACUACGAUGACUGCGACUACGACUACUGCUGCUGCUGCUGCUACUACGCCUGCCGGGGGGAUGCCGGCCCCAAGUAUAGUCGUCAGUGUUCCGCCCAGCGGAACAAGUAAUGGUUACGGGUAUAGUUCAGAUCCCAGUACCGAGCGGCCCGGGUCCAUGGUGGUGGAUGUCAGCAACCAUGAGGCCGGGGUAGCCAUCUCGACGGAUAGGCCGGUCACGUCGGAGGGGUAUUCCCCCUCUUCCAACACCGGUCGACGCGGCGCGGGGUAUUAUUACGGAGAUGAGCUCACGCUGGAAUCCUUAGGGAGGACCAGUCGGAAGGGGAGUAUAGCCGGGAGUAGCAUCAGCGUUGCCUCGUCGGCGUUGUCUUUGAUGGAUGAUGAGUUUGAGUGGUAUGAUGAAGAUGAGAGGAGGCUGAUGCCUCUGUAUUUUAGGCGGAGGAGGGAGAGGGAAAGGGAGAGGUGGGGUGCUGGGAAAGGGGAUAAGGCGUUGAGGUGGUUGGGGCUGGUUUAG